AAUCACAGCCUCUUUUUCAGCAAGCUUCUUCCAGUCCGUCCUCUGACUAAGGUUACCAAAAUGGGUAUCGACAUCGACCACAGGUUCGAACGAAAGAAGCACAGGAAGCAGCCUGCCUCCAAAGAUGUCUACCUUCGCCUCCUUGUGAAAUUGUACAGGUUCUUGGCCAGGCGUACCAACUCUACCUUCAACCAAGUGGUCUUGAAAAGGCUCUUUAUGAGUAAAACUAACAGGCCACCACUUUCAUUGGCAAGGAUUGCAAGAAGAGUGAAGAAGCCUGGCUGUGAGAACAAAAUAGUUGUAUCUGUUUCAACUGUGACUGAUGACAACAGGAUUCAUGAAGUUCCCAAGCUUACUAUCUGUGCUCUGAGAUUCACAGAAGGAGCAAGAGCCAGGAUCCUUAAGGCUGGUGGAGCAUGCCUGACCUUUGAUCAGUUGGCUUUGAUGGCACCAACUGGCAAGAAGACUCUCUUGAUGCAAGGCCCAAGAAAUGCUAGAGAAUCUUGCAAGCACUUUGGUCUUGCUCCUGGUGUCCCACACAGCAAGACUAAGCCAUUUGUCCGCUCUAGAGGACGUAAAUUUGAGAUGGCAAGAGGCAGAAGAAAGAGCCGAGGUUACAAGGUUUAAAUUCAAAAAGUUGAUACUAUCAAAUGAAGAAACUGUAUCUGAGAAAA